AUUGGACACUUUGAAUUGAAAAAUUCUGCAGUUGAAAAUAUUAGUAAAAUACCAGUUUUAAAUGUACAACCUGCAACACCAUUACCAAGGAGAAGUCUAAGAAGACAAAUUGCUUUUGAUGAAAUCAAACAAAAAAUAAAUGAACAUGAUGAAAGUACAAGAGUUUUAAGAAAUAGAACUGUUAUAGUACUUGAUACACCUACAGCUAGGAGAAAAUCCUUAAAAGAAGUGUCUACUAGCAUCCAAGAAUUAAAACAUAAGGAAAAUAAAACUCCUUCAGAAAGGAGAAGGAGAAAAAGUUCAUUUAAAGGCAGCAUUAAUGAUAAGGAAAAAAUGGAUUUAUACAGUUGGAAUGAUAACAUGUCUUUAGAAGAAAGUAAUGUCAGGAGAAGAUCUACUAGAAGUGUUAAAUUUUUAGGUAUGGAUAGUUGCUAA